AUGGCAGACCAGAAUCAGUGGCACGAACUGGGAGAAAACGAGGUCGAAGCAACCCCCGACACCACUUCAAACCAACAGGACCAGUAUCCAGAUGAACAGUACCAAGAAUCCCAGGACCAAUCUGCCCAUUAUCAGGCUGGACAAGUAGAGAACCAAGAUGCUCAGUACCAAGAAGCCCACGAACUGGAUGCCCAAUAUCCAGGGGACCAGCAUCAGGAGAACCGAUACGAAGUGGUAUACCCCGAGGGGCAGCACCAAUAUGUGGGUGAGGGAGAACAAGGCGCAGCCGUGUACCCGCAGAACAAUGAUACCACCGCUUAUUCUGAAGAUGUGCCCCAGGCGCUCCAUAACGUAACGGAUGUUCCACCCGAUGAUUUGCAACCCCAGGGCGAAGCUGAAGAGUACCCCACCCAUGAAGAAAAACCAGAAUCAAGGCCAGAGUCCUCCAGGUAUUCUGAGAAGCCGAAUUCAGCAGCAGAAACCCCUGGCAAUUACGAAAAUCAGGGCUUGAGGCCAGAGUCCGCCACGUACCCUGAGGAGACGACAGAGCAACCUGUGACCCUCGAUGAUGCGGAGAGACCGGAGUCUUCCAAGUACUCUGAGAAGCCGACAUCGACGGCAGAGGCCCCUGCCUAUGACGAAAAUCAGGGCGUGAGGCCAGAGUCCGCCACGUACCCUGAGGAGACGGCAGAGCAAGCGGAGAACUUCGGUGAUGACGAAAAGCAGGAGUUGGAGCCAGAGGCCGCCCCGUGUCCGGAGGAGACGACAGAGCAAGCGGAGAACUUCGGUGAUGACGAAAAGCAGGAGUUGGAGCCAGAGCCCGCCACGUACCCUGAGGAGACGACCGAGCAGGCGGAGACCCCUGGCCGCGACGAAAGGCCAGAUUCUACCAAGUACUCUGAUAAGCCGACAUCGAGGGCGGAGACCCCUGGCCAAGCUGAGGAGCAGAAUGCUGGAUGUGCGCGUGACGUAUACGCAUCUGAAGUGAACCAAUCGAAGCCUCAGAAUGAGGAGGAAGAAGAUGAUUUCCCGCCGCACACCCAGCAAGUCGAUCAUCUAUUCAAGCCGAGGCGAACGCCUUACAGGCAACCAUCUCGCUGGGAUCCCGUUGAGUACGACCUGCGUGAGGACAGUGAUGAUGAAUUUGAAGUUGCGACGGCAAUGCGUCCUGUCUACGAAGAGGAGGAAUUGUCUGAAGCACCAGUCUUCAAAAACGGGGAACCCGACUAUCAAGGUGAGUACCUUUCGUGCUUUGAUGAUCCGAAUCUGCUCUACCGUAUUUAUAACCCCGAGGAAAAGACGUGGGCAUUUUACAAUGACACAUGCAACUACGAAAUGCAUGUCCGGUUCGUGUUUGGCAAGCAUUCCAAGCUGGAGCCACUUGAAAACACAACAAUGCACACCAAAUCCACUGGUGAACAUGUGGCUGAGGUCAUUGUGUACCCCGGGGAGACUGAAAUGUUUGUUAAAGGCACCACAAAUGGAUUUACGAGCAAACUCCGUGCAAUUCCCUUGUCGGAUGAAUACUUCCAGCGCCGCCAAGAGCUAGCUGAGGAGGCAAUCCAACAGGAAAUUGAGCAGAUUAAAGGCCUUGUUGGUGAUGAGACAAACGCAGAAGAAGUCUUAAAAGUUUGUGUGGAGAACAACAUUCCUUUCGUGGACCUUGAGUUCCCGCCGUGCCAAGCUUCCCUGGAAAAGGGAGGGAAGAAACAAUUCAAGCAUCUUCCGUGGGCCCGUCCCUCAUCGUACCUUCCGGAUGAUAUGAUUGAUCAAGUUCGUCUCUUCCGGAGCCCUAUUCGUCCUGCCGAUGUUGAGCAGGGAGGGCUUGGCGACACCUGGUUGCUGUGCUCUAUCGCCGCGGUAUCUGAGAACCCCAAGGAUAUUGUCAACAUGUUCCGUCAUCCAACUGAUCCCGAGCUGGGCAAAAAGGAGCGUUCUGUUGGUGGCUAUCGUGUGGUGUUCAACAAGAAUGGAAUUUGGUACAGCGUUCUUGUGGACAAUUAUCUUCCUCUUGGCGGUGGUAAGCCCAAGUAUGCGAGAAGCAGCCAUGAUAUCGCGGAGAUUUGGCCUUCUAUCAUGCAAAAGGCAUUUGCUAAACUGCACGGCAGUUACGCCAAUAUUUCCACUGGUGACCCACUUCACGCUCUCCAGGAUUUGACAGGCCGCCCAUCAUGCCGUUUUGAUGAGGCUUUUGCCGACGCUGCUCGCUCCGGUAAGGAUGACCUCUUUCAGGACUGGGUAAAGUACGCCAAUGUCCGCUACAAGAUGAUGUUGAGCACCCCUGGAAAGGAUCCCAAGGAUCCAAAUUCCAAUGAUCCAAAACUGGCUAAACGCUAUAAUGGUGUUGGCCUCACCACCGGACAUGCUUACGCUGUUUUGGAUGCGAAGUACUUCCCUGAAUACGAGCUUCGUUUGGUAAAGAUCCGCAGUGCAUGGGGCCAAGACAGCGACUGGAACGGUGAUUGGUGUAACGAUGAUGAGAAAUGGGAGCAGUACCCAGAGGUGGCUGAAGGUUGCAACUUCCAGAAGGGUGAAGAAGGAACCUUUUGGAUGACCUGGGAGGCUUGCCUGCACUACUUUAAUGGUGGUGGCGUGUCCUUUGCCCAUUCUUCUCUCAACGAUUACCGUGUCGCAUCUAAGUUUGUGAACUGCACACCCUCUUCCGUCCUCGAGAUUUGCGUCGAGCAGCCAACCUGGAUGUGCUUCACGCUUUCCCAACAGGAUAAGCGCGGACGACCUGACGCUGGAAAUUACCAGCCCGUUAUGUUAAGCGUUGCUGAGCCUACAGACAAUGAGUUAUACAAGGUUGUGCGGAACAGCUCUGCAGACGCCUCUCGUCCGCUCUGCGACAAGUGGACCUUCUAUCAGGCACGUGAUAUUAGCCUGCUCUACAAGUUCCUGCCUGAGAGCUCGCCCGCCCUGGUCAUUCCCCGCUUGAUGAUGAUGGAUGGGCAGCCGGAGGAGGUUUCAUAUACACUUGGUGUCUCCUGCAACAGGGCGAUUGGCCAGGAUGGUGUCACGGUUCAGUUUAAACAACUUGACUGUGACAACAAGGUAUUUCACAAUUUCCCUAAAUUUGAGCCCGAAUCGACCCCUGUGGAAGUUGUAUACCAGGCUAAAAUGGCCAACAAAAGCUUCCCUGAGACACGACAGGGAUCGGGGGUGUACUAA